CAUGCCAAUCGCCAAUGUUUAAUGUUAUAUUGUUAUCUACCAGUACAGUAUACUGAAUUUAGAUGAUACAUAGUUGAUACUUUUUUAAUAUGUCAAUAACCAUUCAAUAGUAUUAAAUUUAUUUUUUAUUUUUCUUUGACACGCAAUUGUGUAUAAUAUAUUUUAAGCUCCUGAUAAAUUUUUCAUAUUGUUUAUUACAUAUUAAAAUGUAUCUUAUUAGUCACCAUUACUAAUAAGUAAUAACAAUCGAAUGGUUUUUUUUCCAGUUUUUUUGUGAAAUAAUUGUAGUGAAUAGUAAUUAAAGAUCAAAGUUGAUUUCUAAGACAGAACAAAAACACGUAAUUUGAUUAAAUAUAUUAAAUUGUUGUAUUUAUGGUUGUAUUUAAAGAAACAUAAAAUCAUUCAUCAAUAAAUAAUAAAAAAAAAAAAAUGGGACAAAUACACACUGUUGGACCAAACAAAGCUCUAAUUGUUUCUGGAGGGUUUUGUGGAUCAACCAAGAGAACAACAGUUGUUGGUGGCUGGGCAUGGGCUUGGUGGCUUAUUACAGAUGUUCAAUAUCUAUCUCUUGAGGUUAUGACUUUAAAUCCCAUGUGCGAUACUGUUGAAACCGUUCAUGGAGUUCCGUUAACUGUAACAGGAGUAGCUCAGUGUAAAAUAAUGAAAGCCGACGAACUUUUACAAACAGCAUCUGAGCAAUUCCUUGGUCGAACUACCAAUGAAAUUAAGCAAACUGUGCUUCAAACUCUAGAAGGUCAUUUAAGAGCUAUAUUGGGUACUUUAACGGUCGAAGAAGUGUAUAAAGAUAGAGAUCAAUUUGCAUCUCUUGUAAGAGAAGUAGCUGCACCUGAUGUUGGUCGUAUGGGGAUCGAGAUAUUAUCAUUCACAAUAAAAGAUGUUUUUGAUGAUGUUCAAUAUUUAACUUCACUUGGAAAAUCACAAACUGCAGCAGUGAAGAGAGAUGCAGAUAUUGGAGUUGCACUUGCCAACCGUGAUGCAGGUAUUAGAGAAGCUGAAUGUGAAAAGUUGGCAAUGGAUGUAAAAUACGGAACAGACACAAAAAUUGAAGAUAACUCAAGAAUGUUUAAGCUUCAAAAAGCUAAUUAUGAUAUGGAAGUUAACACUGCAAAAGCUGAGGCACAGUUAGCAUAUGAAUUACAAGCGGCCAAAAUAAGGCAAAAAAUCAGAAAUGAAGAAAUACAAAUUGAAGUAGUUGAACGAAAAAAACUAAUUGAAAUUGAAGUACAGGAAGUUGAACGUAGAGAACGAGAAUUGAAUUCUACUGUUAGGCUGCCUGCCGAAGCUGAAAGUUAUCGUGUUCAAGCAAUUGCUGAGGGAAAGAGAACUCAAACAGUUGAGGUCGCAACUGCUGAAGGUGAACGGAUUAAGAAAAUUGGGCUUGCUGAAGCAUCAGCAAUAGAAGCCGUUGGUAGAGCUGAGGCUCAAGGUAUGAUGUUGAAGGCAAAUGUAUUUAAACAAUAUGAAGAAGCAGCCGUUAUGUCUUUAAUUAUGGAUGCAUUACCAAAAAUUGCUGCUGAAAUAGUCGCACCUUUGUCUAAAACUGAGGAAAUUGUAUUAUUAAGUGGAAAUAGUAAUGUAACGGCAGAAGUUAACAGAUUAGUUGGACAAUUACCUCCAGCUGUUCAAGCCUUAACUGGUGUUGAUUUAACUAAAGUCUUAUCAAAAAUGUCUGGGGUUAAAUAGAAUUGUUUUUUUUACAAUUUCUAUUACAUUUUUUAUAUUUUAAGUUAAUUGUAACAUGAUCAAAAACUUAUAUAAGCUUCUAGUUCCAUUAUCUUGGUUUGAAAUAUUCGUUAUUAUUUUUGCCAUUUUAUGGGUAACCAUAAUAGUAAAAUAUUUAGUCAUUGUAUGUUACCCAUUAUAUUUAUUUUAUUUUAAUUUUGCUUGAUCGGAUACAUUUAACAUUUUACUAUAUUUAUUAUUAUUCUCAAGCUCUUAAUUAUUGUCCUUUUACUUUUUCAACUUUCAACAAAUGUAAUUAAAUUAUCUAUAAAUGUGUUUAUUAUAUAUUUUUAAUAUGUGUAUUGUGUAUGUAUAUUUGUAUCAACAUUGAAGUUAGACAUUAUUAAUAGACAUUCCUAUUGAAUAAUUCUAACUUAUGUUUUUUGCUCAGCUAAGUGCCGUGUUGAUUAAAAUGUGUUGCACGGGGCUGUGAAUUGUUACCAAUUUCCUCUAUAAAAUAAAUUUUAUUUAUAUAUAUUUUUUUUUUUUUUGACAUUUAAGUAUAAACAAAACGGUCUUCAAGCAAUUUCACCCUUCCCAUUACAUUAACACAGCACUAGCUUAGUAUAAUUUUGAAUUUAUUAUCAAGUUAAAUAAAACAUAUUUUUUAUAAAGUUUUUCCAAAUUUAUACUGUGGUAUUUAUAUAUCAACAACUUUAUCCUACAAAUAAAGUUACGAAGUUUAAAAAAUUUUUCAUUGUAAUAGUAAAUAAUAAUUAUAUUUUCAUAAAUUGUAUUUAUUUUAAUUUAUAAUUAUUAGAAAUUGUUAUUAAAAUUGUAGUUAAAAAACCAUCAGUUGUAAAACAGCUACUAAUAUAUUAUAUUUAUUCGGAAUAAUA